CGCUGAUUGGUCGUCAUGACUUCCAAGGUCGGACACAUUAUGAAUUACUUUGACAAACAAGCUGCAAUUGAGAAAAUUAAAGCAGUUCUAUCGGAAAGAAAAACGCCAUAUGCAUUCGGUUCAUGUCAGGAACGCUCUUUGUAUCCAGAAUCUAUACCUCAUCAUCGUCUUGGCGUAACACUGGCAUCGAUAAAUGGGAAUGAAUUUGUUGGACCGACAACCUAUGAUAUCCAAACUCCAGACAUUAGCGAAUUCAAUAAGAAGAGUAUCAGUACUCGUGGGUAUACACUAGGAGCUAGAACAGCGCGUAGAAUGAAUAACUACUUAUCCACACUAAUGAAAAGAUCAAUGUUGGUGAUAACAGUCAACUUUGUUUGCGCUCGAGAUCAAGCGGUAGAAAAAUAAUAUUGAGUUCCAGAUUAGUAACCUCAUAGCAGCCAAUUUUUGGCGACACGCAACUUUAACUAAUGAAGAUAUUAAAGACCGAUUAAUGGAUAACAGAGAUUGAUAAUCUAGCCAGAUUGUAAUUGUUUUUAUAGAUUACUAAAAUCCUUCAGUCUUAACACCAGUUAUACAUGAACGAAGUGUUGAAAUGAAAUUUGAGGAUUUAUGAUCGAAUGUCACAUAAGCAAAAAGACGUAUAACUCUAAUUUGCGGACUAAUUAGUCGAAAUGAUUUUAGUGAUGGACUUUAUCGCUUAGGGUGUUUCCUAACAAUCAGUUAAAAAAACAGUUAUACACGACUCAAUGGCAUAUAGUAAUAAACUGUCUCUGAGGAUGAAAACUAUCUCAGUGAGAUUCUAUGGCAAAAGGACUAUUUGACAGUAAGUGCAAAUAUAUCUUGUGUAUCACUGUUUGAAUCAAGACUUCAUUGACAUUACUAGAUAUGAAAUAUAAUGAGAUGAGACUGGCGUAUUGGUAAGACAUAAAUUCGAAUUCUAAGAUAAAUCAUUUGUAAAACAUGUGAAAUGUAAACGGAACACAGUUAUCCUGCCAAAUUUAUCAAAAUAUGUAACGAUAUUGUGUUCUUAUCACAGGAGAAUAGUGAUUACCAAAGAACUUUAACGCCAUUUGAGUAUUAUUUCAUUGUGUGGUUUAUAUUUUAAAAUGUUGUCGAUAUUGUACUUUAUUUGAAUUAGGCUGGUAAAUUCAAAAUGAUUAUUUGCUACGUUUUAGCUUGGUUUGUUUAAACACAUUGUAUCAUGUUUGAAACCUCCUUGCACGUGUGGAUAAUCCACAAGGAAGAGAGAGGAAAUAUUGCCUCGUAUAACUAUUUAUGACUGCUUGGCAUUAUUCUUUUGCUUAGUGUUUUAAAUGCAAAAUUCGAGCAAAGUUGACAGGAGGUUCAAACUCCGACUCACUUGUGUUCAAGAGAUUGAACAAAGUAAUCAUCCCAUAAAACUCAUAUUCUAAGGCCAUCACUUACCAUGUGAACCUUAUAUUUGAUCGCUUAAAUUUGACGUAUACUUGCAAGGUAAUAACUCACAGAAAAUAAAUGGUAUUGAAAUAAUGUAGGUGGCUUGAUCGAUAAUGUAGAAUUAUAACUAGAAGGAAAAUGCACACAUUAUUCAAUAGAUCAAGUUAUAGAAGACCUAAAAAAACAUAUUAUGACCUUAUCGUUUAUGAAACAAUGAGUUGCUAAAAUUUUUGUGAAAUUUCGGUUCAACCUAUAUGUGAAACACAAUUAGGAAUGAGAUUGGUUAUUGAAGAACAAAUACACGUGUUGAAGGAGCAUAGGCCAUGCAUCAGCCCAUUGAUCCCGAAGUUGGACGUCUACUGCAUCUUUCAUCCAGCUCAGCAAUCUAUUGAAAACGUUUCCUGGUACUGACAACAAACUGAUGCCACUGUGAUUCUCACAUUUACUCAGAUCUCCUUUCUUUGGUAUC